GAAUCGGCAUAGCCAUUUGAGCUUCAAAAUAAAAUCGUCACUGAUUCCUAGAACUUAUGGCGAUAGCGCUUUGUUUUUCGUGGAGAUAGAUUUUGCAAUGAUGGUUUCCUCAGCUCUAUCUUCCUCCAUAAACCCGCAGAAUCAUCAUUUUCGGUUUGGUCACAGUUGGAGUAGGAGGCGGCAGAGAAGAAAGUCUUAUUGUAGCAUCCGUCAGGAAGCAAACAUUGUUGAGCCAAAGCACAACCAGGACAGGUCAAGAAAAAAGCAAACCACCGAGAAAGCAAUUAGAGUACCUCCAAUAUCCCAAGAAGGUAGUCCCCCUCCUCUGGUUAAUGCAUUGAAAGUUUCAGCUGAGCAAAAUGCUGCUCGUUUUCAUUUUCCUGGGCAUAAUAGAGGGAGAGCAGGGCCACCAUCAUUUACUCAGCUCAUUGGUCUGAAACCAUUUGUGCAUGAUUUACCCGAGCUUCCAGAGCUGGACAACCUCUUUUGUCCAGAAGGCCCAAUUUUGGAAGCACAGCAGCAAGCAGCAAAACUUUUUGGAGCAUCAGAAACAUGGUUCCUCGUUGGAGGAACCACUUGUGGAAUUCAGGCUGCAAUUAUGGCAACUUGCUCCCCAGGAGAUCAUAUAAUUCUUCCAAGGAAUUCCCACGUAUCCGUCAUAUCGGCUUUGGUGUUAUCUGGUGCAAUACCCAAAUACAUUAUGCCUGUGUAUGACUCCAAUUGGGACAUAGCUGGUGAGGUUACUCCAUCACAGGUAGAUAAAGCAAUCAAGGAUUUAGAAAUGCAAGGUCAAAAAGCAUCUGCAGUUUUUGUUACUUCACCUACUUAUCAUGGCAUCUGCAGUAACCUGAGUGAGAUUUCUCAGAUAUGUCAUGUUAAAGGAAUUCCCUUCAUUGUAGAUGAGGCUCAUGGGGCACACUUUGGGUUUCAACCUGAGCUGCCUUUGUCUGCACUCCAGCAAGGGGCUGAUUUGGCUGCCCAAUCGACUCACAAAGUUCUCUGCUCUCUUACUCAGUCAUCAAUGUUACACAUGUCAGGGAAUAUUGUGGACAGAGAAAGAGUUUGUAGAUGCUUACAAACUCUUCAAAGCACCAGCCCUAGUUAUCUGCUUUUAGCAUCAUUAGAUGCUGCCAGAGCUCAACUAAGUGAUAAUCCAGACAAGAUUUUCAACAGAGCAAUUAAUCUAGCAUAUCAAGCAAAAAGCAAGAUAAACAAGAUUUCAGGUAUCUCGAUCCUGAAAUUUCCCCCGGUCACCAACUUUCCUGCUAUUGAUCCAUUAAGACUCACUAUUGGUUUCCAACAACUUGGUUUGUCUGGCUAUGAAGCAGAUGAAAUAUUGUACAAAAAUCAUGAUAUCGUUUGUGAACUUGUUGGGAACCAAUCCAUUACAUUUGUCAUUAACCUAGGAACAAGUGAAGACGAUAUUGAGAGACUGGUUCCAGGUAUUGAGGAUGUGUGCUCUUUCGCAUCGAUUCUGGGGAUCGAAGAAAGAAGCAAACUCAAUGUUUCUGCACCCUUUCCUAAUGUCAAGAUCAGCUUGAAUCCUAGAGAUGCCUUCUUUGCGAAGAAAAGGAGAGAGAACAUUAAAGAAUGUGUGGGAAAAGUGUCAGGAGAGUUGAUAUGUCCAUACCCUCCAGGAAUACCAGUAAUGAUCCCAGGUGAGACUAUAUCUGAGGAAGUUGUGGAUUAUCUGUUGCAUUUAAAAGGCAUAGGUGCAUCUAUUAGUGGUGCAUCUGAUCCUAAACUAUCUUCACUACUCGUGUGCAAUUUGUAAAAGAGCGCAAUACGAUUGUUAAGUCUGCUUGAAUUGGUUUACAAUAGUUGGGGGUAAUUUGUUGCUGAAGGGGACACAUGUUGCAGUGUACCUGGAUGAAUACUACAAUCUAUAAAUCUUCUGGGAAUGAAAUUGGACUCGUAUUAUCAUAGUGGCGAUUUUUGAGGCUGUUCGAAGAACGAUUAUUGUUUGCAAUGCCCAUUUUUUCACCUACAAUAGUCAACUAGUCACUCCAAACCUUACCUUUUAGAUGCUGUAAAUUAUCCAAUUACUGUAAAUUUUGCCUUUUCUCUACCAAAUUUUGUUCUUGAAUUAACUGGUUGAGAGAGAAUGUUUGUUUUGAAUCAGAUGUCAAUUUAGGAAUAGUUCACAUUGCAGAUUCAACCAGCAUCGACUGAUUUUAUAGUUGGUUAUAUUAUUAACUAUGAACUUUUGUUAGCAAUACAUCUUGCUGAUAU